AUGGCUUCCAACAUAACGUCCUUCAGCACCCUUCGGGCUCGCUCUUACAUAUUCCGUCUACCGCUCUUCACGCGCAUCGUUUUGCUGGUGAUCAUCGCCGCGUGGUUCGCCGGUCUUCAAAGUUCUUGGGAUGUCAGGCAUUGGGGCGCCCUGAUUCCUGAUCAGCUGUCCUUUACCUCUUCAUACCGAAUGAACACGUUUCCCUUCGUUCACGUUAAUCUCAUCCACACGGUCAUGAAUCUGGCGGCUCUCUCGCCAUUGAUGGAGCGGUUCGAGGCGGAAUUCGGCACCUUGACCUCGAUAGCCCUUUUCAUCGGCCCUCUGAGCACGAUCCCGGCUAUUCUCUACGUCUUGAUCGAACGUUUCCUCUUCAAGGGCAACGUCGAAGUUAUGGGAGCUAGUGUCUGGGUCUUUUUGCUCCUGGGCAUCGAGGCAAUUCGAACCUACAAGACGAACCCCCACCUGACGAUUGCGACAUACUCGAUUCCCACGUGGACAACUCCCCUCAUCCUCAUCUUGGUGGUUACGGCGCUCGUUCCCGGUACCAGCUUGCUCGGUCAUCUCUGCGGCGUCUUGGUUGGAUAUCUCUUCGGCCUCGGCUACCUCAAGUUCCUGAGCCCACCCGAAAAGGCCCUCCGAUGGAUCGAGUCGAAGCUGAACCUCCUCGGCCGACUGCCGCACUAUGUGAGCGUCGACCAAAAGACGUACGGGCGGUUCGGUGUCUUGCCUACCAACAGCCAUGCUGGGGGCGGCAGUGCGCCGAUUGCGCUUGUUGGUACGACGCAGAGACUUGGGCCAUGA